AUGGGCAAAACAAGGAGCAGCAAAUACGCGGAUCUGAAGAUGAUCUACGAGUUCUCGCAAGAGAUGUUAAUCAAGAUAUUCAAGGAGCUUUCGGAUUCUGAUAUAUUUUCUUGCGUCUUGGUGAAUCGAAACUGGUGUAAAACUGGAAUGCCUUUGCUCUGGGAAGAUCCGUUAUCGUGGGGAGCUCCGAUAAUAGAAACAUAUCUGAGUUUUUUGAGUACCGAACAGAGGUCUUCAAUAAGGAGAACCGGAGUUAACAUUCCAAAGGUCACAAAUCACGUCUUUUGCUAUCCAGAUUUUAUCAAGAAAUUCACGUACACCGAGUUGCAUGAGGCGACGCAUUCUUGGCUUAUAGAAAGUAAAAACAUUGCGAGUAAUUAUCAAGACUUGUUUGAUGAAAGCUUUGAUCAAAAGGAGGCGGAUAAUGAUGAAAAGAAAAGGAUCAUAGUUAAGAUGAUGUCAAGUUUGAUAUGUCAUUUAAUUAAGUUGCUCCUUAAUUCUUCUAAAGGAUUUGAAAUGGUCGAUUUAUCCACCAAUUAUAGGUGCGUUGGGAUUCCACCAUUAAUCACGAAGUCGCAUGAAAUGUUGAAACUUGUAUUCACAAAUCUGACUUACCUAAAAGUUCACACUAAUUAUGCAGAUCCCAAAAUCACACCGGAUAGAUUGGAUUCAGCCAACAAACUGUUCACCGAGAUGGUAGAGCAUUGCACUAAAAUUCAGUAUUUAGACUCCAAGGAUCAAAAUAAUGAGAGAAAUGAGGUGAGGCAGCUGUAUAGGUUGGUAGCAGUUCAGAAAGACCUCAGGCAUUUUACAGCUCGGCGAUUUGAACUUUGGCUCAAUUUGAUGGUGACAUUGGCCGAAACAGCGGCUAACACUUUGAAAACAUUUAAUAUAUCAGGAGUUCCAGUAGACAUCUCUCUACUCGCGGAACUUUCAAGAUGCAAUGUGCUAGAGGUCUUGUCGUUCUCUAGAUGCGUGGAAAACAAAACGGAAGCUACGACCAUCAGCACUAAGGGGAGGGGCAGAGGGAAGAAAGACAAUCAUGCUGGAAUGGUGGGUAGAGGGAUGUUGACUACAUUGUCAAUAACGCAGCCUACUAUUCGUGCGAAAAGGUUAUACUUUUAUAAAAAUAAGCUCGAGCCCAAAACUUUAAAGGCGAUAUUGAAAAUGCUCGGAAGAAACCUUGAAAAGUUAACCGUCGUGAAUAAUAAUACCGAGACAAUCAUUAAAGCUAUUAGGAAGUAUUGCCUAAGUCUAAAAGAUCUUAUACUGCAAGUUUACCUAGAUACGCGAUUUUCCACAUUUUCCGAGUGGAUAGCUGGUUCCAAGUUGCGGACUCUUGUCCUGGGAACAUUCAUAUCCAAUGUCUAUAAUUUUGAAGAUAGGCCCGAUACACUAAUUUGCGAAAUGCUUGAAGAAAUGGGAAAUUAUUUUCCGCUUUCUCUGAAGUGCAUAGACUUCGACUUUGAAAUUUCUCCAAAUCAACUGGAGUUAUUUUUAACACGUAGCAAUUAUGUGUUUAAAGAACUCGGUUUACACCAACCAUCAGGAUUGGACGACAAAUAUUUGAGAAUAAUUAAAAAUCACACGAAAUUAUCAAAAUGUCUUACCGAGCUUACAUUUGAUCGAGUUUUCUGGAUCACCGGCGAAGAUGCUAAUACAAAUGAGAUGGAUUCGGAUAGCAUAGACGAGGAAAAGCCCGAUAGAUCUUAUUUUAGUAAUAAAUCACUAUUGGACGCCGAGAAAUACAUUAAUACCAUCACCUCAACCUCAAUUGAUCCUUUUACGGAUCCGCUUAAAAGUAUAUUUAGGGUUCAUGACAUAGACGAGAUGGAUACUGAAGGCAUGAGCGCAGAAGAUAUCGAGAAGUGGUAG